AUGGCGAAGGUUAGUGACGAAUUCGACGUCAUCACGACAGUGGAGUCACCGGAAGUUGUCAUUUCUUUCGCCGAUGAUGAUAUGAGAUUUCCACGGGAGUUUGGAGGGGAACAAGAUGUCGAGAAUUGGUUGCAAUAUUUCGAUUGCUUCUGCUCUCGGCUUUCGAUUCUGAACUCAGACAGAUUCAAAUAUCUUCAGCAAUUGUUAGUUGGAGUUGCUCAAAUUGGUAUCAAGCUUUCAUGGUUGAGAACGAGCAGUUGUCUUGGAGUGAUUUCUCUGAGAAAUUCAUUUGUCGUUUUGACGGAUAGUGCACUGACCUGGUUUAAGGCCUGCGAGAAUGAUCAAGAAAUGUGGAACUCGUGGGAGAGCUGUUCAGAGUGUUUGAUCAAAGAAUUUGGCUCUACUGAAGACUUGGAAGGAAUGGAAUCUCGUGAAACGGGGUUGGAGAAUGCAUUAAGCCAAGAAGAUUCAUCACUGACUGUCCUAGAAAAAUAUGAGGAAGGAUGUAUAUCUCUCGGUUUGCAAAUUGAUGAUAAACUGAUUGAUUUUACUGAUGAUGAUGGUUUGUUGUUGAAUUUUGGUGAUAAUCCAGGUGAAAUGAUUUAUUCUGAUGAUGAUUUUGUUUGUGCUAAGUCUGGUGGUGAUUAUAUGCUUUCAACUAAUGACGAAUCAAUCAUGCACUCUCAUGAUGAAAAUUUAGAGGAUUUAGAAGAUGAUUCAAUUGUGAUGGUUGAUGACUUGCUUGCUAAUGAACUAGAGUAUUCUUAUGCUGCUGAUGAUGUUAAUACUCCUUUAGAAAAUCUUGUUGAUGAUUUUCUGAUUAAUGAUGAAUUGUUGAAGGGUGCUAAUGAUUAUGAUGCUUCUUUGGAAUUUUUUGUUGCUGACCUUGUUAAAAUGAAUGCUACUGGUGUAAUAUGCAUGAAUGAGCUUGUGGAUAGGGAACUUCUGUUUGUGAAGUUAAUUGCAAUUGAACCAGGAGGAAAUCAUUUUGCUAAUGAUUUGGUGAUUGAUCUAAUUGAGCAUAAUGAUUGUUUUGGUGUUAUUUCUCUUGAAUUUUUGGGUGAUGAAAUUGUGCAUAUAGCUGCUGUUUGUGAAACUUGGAUGAAGGAGUCUGUUAAGGGUUAUAAUGGGACUGAGAAUAAGUGGUUCUAUGGAGAUUAUUGUGUGAUCAUAUUUCCAGCAUUUGGGAUUAUUGUGAUAAGGUUUAUUCAAGCUGUUAGAUGUCUUAAAUCAUGGGUGAAUAGGGUGACUGCAUUCAAAGGAGGUAGUGUUGAGUUUAUUAAUGAUAAAGAGUUUCUUAUUCUUGUCCCAUGGGAUGAAAAUGCUUUUUGUUUAAAAACUGAUCUUAGUUCAUAUUCUAAGAUACCAGAAAAUGAGGUGGAAAUGGUGGUGGUGUUCGGCACCUCUCAGUUGAAAGGGGAGGCUGAAGUUCUUUAUGGGUGUUGGAACCUUGAGGACAUCGAUUCUUUAAAGAAAGGAGUUGUCUAUCUUAGUCAUUUCUGGAGUUUUAAUAUAUUAGAGCAGCUUGCCACGAACCUAAAUGUUUGUGUUCUGACCUUUGGGACUUUGGUUAACCAUAUGGUUCUAUUCCAUGAUAUCAAUUUCAGUGAUUUAGAAAUCUGGAUUGAUAAUGAUAUUUCCAAAUCAUGGAUUGUUGAGAAGACAUGUUUUAGGGGAGAUAGCAAUGUUAGAGGAAAAUUGAUUCCUGUUCUUGAGGAGUUUCUUUGCACAACGAAGAUGUUACCUACGGCAGAUCAUUCAAAAUCACUACUUCAUCCAGUCAUGGAAUUUCCUCCCAGAGAAGCUGGAUCUGAACAGAUUUAUUGCCGGAAACAGAAAUCCCUCGGCCUCUUAUGCUCCAACUUUAUAAGCUUGUACAAUAGGGAAGGUGUGGAAACAAUUGGACUUGAUGAUGCUGCUUCACGUUUAGGUGUUGAAAGGAGGCGGAUCUAUGAUAUAGUGAAUGUAUUGGAGAGUGUUGGGGUUCUUCAAAGAAAGGCAAAAAAUCGGUAUACUUGGAACGGUUUUAGUGCAAUUCCGACAGCCUUGCAAGUUCUAAAGAAAGAGGGAUUGUGCCUGAAGAAUGAGAAUGGGAAUGAUGGUAGCUCUUCCCUGAAAAUCUCAGAUGAUGAAGACGAUGAGACAAGCUCAAACCCUAAUUCAUCAAGCCAGAAUGAUAAAUCUAAUUCCGUUUCGGGUUCAAAAUUAUCAGGUUCAUCCAGAAUUGCUGACACAAGAAAAGAGAAAUCUCUGUCAUUGCUCACACAGAAUUUUGUUAAGCUCUUUCUUUGUAUGGAUAUGGACAUGAUUUCUCUUGAUGAUGCUGCAAAGAUAUUGUUGAAAAAUGGAAAGGAUCCAGCAAUGACCAGAAGUAAAGUAAGACGACUCUAUGAUAUUGCCAAUGUCUUGGCUUCAAUGAACUUCAUCGAGAAGACUCAUCAUCCAGACACAAGGAAACCUGCAUUCAGAUGGUUGGGUAGGAGUGGAAAAUUUGAAAUUCAAGCUGAUCCCUUGCCUUUUGAUCAUUCAAAGAAAAGGGCAUUUGGGACGGAUAUCACGAAUUUCAAUUUUAAAAGAAGUAAAGCGGAAGGAGCGGAAGGAAUUUCAGACAAGGGCAUGAAGGUGCAAUGUCAAGUAAAAAGUGAACCUGUAGAAAACGAUUCUAAAACCAGCAACUUGAGCUACCGAUUUGGUCCUUUUGCGCCAGUAAAUGUGCCCCAAGCAGGUGUUUCUGAUGAUGGUCAACCAAAGAGGCAUCAUGAUUGGGAAAAUCUAGCAGCUGCUUACCGUCCUCAGUAUCAUAACCAAGCUUUGAGAGACCUUUUCGGCCAUUAUGUCGAAGCCUGGAAAUCUUGGUACUCUGAAGUUGCUGAAAAGAAGUCAAUACCCAUGACCUCCUGA